AUGGCCGGCAUUUUCUCUCCCGCUUCCACUGUUCGAUCAUCAUACACAGCAUCUCUCUCAUCAGCCUCUUCCUGGUCUCUCUCCAGUGAAAAUCGCCGGCACUCGUUGAGGUCUCCAGGCGUUUUCGUGUCUUUUCCGGAUAGUGUUCCGGCAAUCCGUCGACGAAUUUCCUGUCAGUCCUCCGCGACUUCAGCAACUUCAUUCCCAGUCGGUGAGAAAGAAAAGGCAGGACUGAAUGAUUUCCUACACAUUAGUGAUUUCGACAAAGCCACUAUUUUGAAGAUUUUAGACCGAGCCAGGGAGGUCAAGGCACUGCUAAAAUCAGGAGAGAGGACUUAUCUCCCAUUUAAAGGGAAAACAAUGGCAAUGAUUGUUGCCAAGCCGUCCAUGAGGACAUGGGUGUCAUUUGAGACUGGGUUUUACUUGCUUGGUGGCCAUGUUUUGUACUUGGGACCAGAUGAUAUCCAGAUGGGUAAGCGAGAGGAAACUCAUGAUGUUGCCCAUGUGCUGGCUCGCUACAAUGAUAUCAUUAUGGCUCGAGUCUUUGCUCAUCAGGGAUGCUGUACUAAAAAUAUCGUUGUAAUAACCAUGAGGUUGAGGUUUCAAUCGGAGGGGAUUUCUGAUGCACACGUGUUCAAAGUUGAGCCAGUUCUUGUAAUUGUUCUACUUUUGAUAACUGUUCCUGCAACACCCUUAGGUGACAUCCUGGAUAUGGCUACAUUUGCUACUGUACCUGUGAACAAUGGCUUGACAGACUAUAACCAUCCUCGUCAAAUAAUGGCUGAUGUUCUCACAAUAAUAGAACACAUUGGUUGUCUAUGUUGGAGAUGGAAACAACAUUGUGCACUCUUGGCUACUGAUGGCAGCAGUUAUCCUUUCCAUUUUGUAUGUGCCUGCCCUAAAGGUAUUGAACCUAAUGAGAAGACAGUUCAGAAGUUGCAACAGGCUGGGGUCAGCAAAAUUGAGAUAACUGAUGAUCCAAAAGAAGCUGUUAGAAGAGCUGAUGUCGUGUACUCAGAUGUCGGGCUAGCAUGGGGCAAAAGGAAGAGGCUGCAUAUCGACAUCAAGUGUUUCAAGGAUUUCAGAGGGCAGGAAGAUAUUUGGCAAUUGUCAGAAGAAUGUGAUUAUGGAUUCAUCUUUUGAGUGUAGUUUUAAGUCAAUAUUACUUGGAUCGUGGAUCGUUUUGGUAUAUAAUACGACAUUGUACGACACUUGUUUACGUAAAUGGUUCGUGGGGUAGUGGUACAAUGUUUUGAGUCACAAUUUGUUUUGAACUUUUCUCUAAAUCGUUUUUACUACUAUACAAUAUUAUAUAUCAUAGAAUAUCCAAG